AUGGAAGCUUCCAUAUCGAUAGCGCAGUGUAAGAGCCAUUACAACACGACUGUGGACUGCAGUGUCACCCCGAACGACUCUGGAGGAUUCCAGACUAUCGCUGGCUAUGAGCGCGGCGAAGUCCCUCCCGAGCCGGAUAUCGCGGGCAUUGGGGCUUCUGGUUUCCAAAGACCACGUUGGGCUAGCAAGUUUAGUCGAUCAAAAUUCUUUCAAGCUCUCGUCGUCUCUUGCAGCGACCAACAGGUCUUCACAGGCGGUGCCUACCUAGUGACCAUUAGGUUUUGGAAAGGCUGUUUCAUAACCGCUUACCACUACAACAUUGUCGCAAACAUGCUACUGCUCACUUGCGCGACGCAUCUCAUGUCCGUUGUGAUCUCAAAGAACUACUUCGAAAGGCUCCUCCUUGCUUGUCUACGAGUCAUAUUUAUCACAGUCGUAUUCGCCAUGACUGGGCUCUUACUAUCCAACCAGAACGCAAGCAACAACGUACCUUUUCCAACGAAGGUGCCGCCCAGUAAUGAAUCAGACAGCUUGCUGUUAUCUCAAGCUGUUUGCUUUCAGAAUGGGGAAGACAGCAUGGAACAGUUGAAGCAACUCCUGCUAGACUCAGUAGGAAGUGGAACAGCGGUGGAGAGGGCAUUACUACAGAGCACUCCGGGGAACUACAUUCAGGGCUGGAACCUCUACCUAGUCAUUCUGAUUUGGUACGGUGUAUCCAUUCUUGCAGAGUUGGGCCGAUGCUGUUAUCGAAGUAGGAAAAAACAUCGCGAAGCCGCCGAGAAUAACGGUUGGCACAAGCGCGACAACUGUUUUGUCAAAAUUUUCUCCGGUGUUGGUAGAUUCUCCUACGGAGUAUAUCUUCUUGGCGGAGUAGGCAUCUGCGGAACAACAGUUGUGAUGUCGAGCCUUUACAUUAUGAAUCUGAGGCGUUGGGUGAAAAGGUCGCGAUGGCUUGAGCUGGACGAAGGCGGGCAGAGUGAAGAAGACGAUGCAACAUCCUUUGGGCAGCUCGUGCCUAUUAUCUUGGUGGGAUUGACGGCUUUCACGUUUCUCUCAAUACUGAGUGAAAUGUGUGCCGACAGUCGCAAGUCUUAUCAAUCUAAAGACGGUUACUCAUCAGUGAACCAACAUCGCAAAGGGAGUGGCCACCUGUGA